ACUCCCACGCAGUAGGUGGGUGUGGUCUUCACUGACUGGUUGAACAUAAUAAAGUCUGAAUGCUGACACACACAUUCACUCAGAGAACACAGAAGCCGUUUCACUCUUCCUCUGCUCCAUUUUCCCCCAUCUGAAGAAACACCUAUAAGUAUCUUGCGAAGUUCUUGGGAUCGUCUGUAGCUGACAAGUUGUUGGAAAGCAAAUAUGUCUCUGCCAUUGUCCUUGCUGAUAUGUCUGUCAGUCUUCCAGCUGUGUUUGGGAGCUCCGCCUGUGGAGGAAGUCAUUACAGAAAAAAAAAAGUGCAUCUUUUAGGGGCUUGGACAGAAAGACUUCCUGAGUCGAAAGAUGUUCAGAAGGCAGCUCAAUAUGCUGUAGAAAUGUUCAACAAAAAUUCAGAGGACGAGGUGUUGUUCAAGCUGGUCUCAAUUAACAGUGCUAAAUCCCAGGUAACCAAUAGGAUCAACUUUAAAAUCGACGCAGUCCUCGGAGGUACCAAAUGUCCUAUGAUGGAAAACCUUGACUUGAAAAGCUGCAUUUUGGAUGAAGAGCAACUACAGUGCCAGUUUGUUGUGACUUUAGACCCCGGCAACGAGGAACAUGAGCUGAAAACCAAGAAAUGCCACAAAGUUGCAAAGAAGGCUUAAUUCUUUUUUACAGUGUCAAGAUAACGUGAGAUCAUCCCAUUAUUUCCAUGCUGGAGAUUUUAGGUUAACAGUCACAAUACAUGAAGUUACAUUUAUAAUUAAUUACACAAAGUAGCAUCUAUAACUAGGGGUAAAAUCAAACUUCAAUAAAAUCAGUGAGGUUUGUGUGUUUCCUUUGUGUCAUUCAAACUUCACUUUUAAAUUAUAUUUCUGUUUGUAUUUAAUCAAAAUAAAUCAUAGUCAGGCAGAGAGAGAGAUAGUUGCCAAGCCAUGACACAGGAACAGCAGGCUUUCUGAUAAGAUGAAGAAAGUUUCCAGCCUGAAGAUUUAUAGAAAUAUGUGUGAGACUAUUCCUUAUUUCAAUGUGUAACAUAGUUAAAAUGGUUCAGGUUAAAUCCUGCUAAAAUGCACCAUCUGCUGGUAAAACGGGGUAUUACAUUCACCCUAGAAAGAGCGGGGUAUUAUGGGUAAUCCUCAGAGCCAUGAGGAUCACUGUCGAGGUAAUGUGUCUCUGCGAUGUGAUAAAGAAAUAUUAUUUAUAAAAUAUGUGUAUGGUUUCUGUUUUUGCAUAUUAUUGAAAUAUGCUUAAUCCAUGUUAUGCUAGCUUUGCUAUUAUAUUGUUUUUGUUGCGUUAUGGAAAUGUUUAGUUCGUGAGAAAGUGUGGCGGGAUUUUCCCACACGGUAACAUUAUGGCUCCUCCUUGCAGGAGUCUUUCAUGCCAGAGACUGACUUUACCUCGGUGCCCAUGUGUGAAAUGCAGGUAUGUUUUACUAAAUCUCUGUAGCAGAUGGCUAAUAUAAGGCAGUUUUAUAUUAAUAGUUUUAUAUAGAUAUGGUUAAUGUUUUUGCAUUGUUCCAAGAUGCAAGUUUGUAUAAGCUAAAAUAUAAAAAUGGCAUCUAGUAAAUAAAAUGUCAGCAUUUUAUUUUAUUUUUCAGAGCGUUUUAAUUAAUUGUGUUACUUUCUUUAAAAAGGACACUCACUGGUUGUUCCUUUGAUGUAAACCAAAUCCACUAUACAAUCACUGUAAUUUUCAAUUAUUUUAUUUUGGUUACUGUAUGAUGGGUAAUCCUGAGAGCCAUGAGGAUCACUGUCGAGGAGUCUUUCAUGCCAGAGACUGACUUUACCUCGGUGCCCAUGUGUGAAAUGCAGGUGGAGAAUUAAAUUAAACAACUGAUGCCA